AUGGAGUCUUCCAUGCCAAGAAUCGAGAAGUCUACGAAGGAGACGCAGCCUGUGGAUACAGGAGAUCGAGAUGUGUUUCCAUCAGAAGGCGAAGGUGCCUUGCGUCGAAAGUCUCUGCUGAACAAGGCGAACGGAUCCCCAAACAAAGUAUAUCCCGGGCUAGAAGACAACACCCUCGAAAAGAAGUCGAGCAAGUACGUGAAAUCUGAGAUGCAGUCCAAUAUCACACCAAGAGCACGUCAGAAUGCAAACUACAUAGUGUUACUUGGAAUGGUUGCAGUGGUACUGACGUGUCUGUGCUGGACGCUUUGGUUGAUCCUGCUUAACGUUGCGCCGAACAACACGGUCAACCAUAUCAUGGAUACUUCAACUUUUGACUAUGGUUCCUUUUGGUUAAUGGUUGACCCACCGAUGUCACUGAUGAUUACAGCGACGCUUGGUCUCGUCUUGGUAGCUGUCGGCUACCUCGGUGUGUUUAUCAAGCUAAUUUCUUGUCGUCAGGGCCCGAAACAAGCGUAUUUGGUUCACCAGGUACCCGAUUCAGCCGAUUUUAUGAAGACAAUUGGAAAAGCUCUGGAUGAUGCGGCUACCAGACCUAAAAGAGGAAAAACCACUUCUGCCAUCGUAAAAUUCGCUGCAGCACUUGCUCGAGAGGACAGCACAGAAAGGAAAAUAAGUAAACUACUGAUGAAGUUUGGUGAUCUGACUCUGGAGACUUUCCUACUUUAUCAGAUGCUCGAGUCUGGGUCCCCUGCUGUGCUUAUUGCAGUUUUCACGGUCGUCGUGGCCUCCAACGCGCUAAUCUGCGCUCUCAUGAUGUUCAUUCCCUACGACCGAGCACCACGGGCAGAAACGUUUAUUGACAUUCUAUUUGACUUUUUGAUUGCCAUCGCUUGUCCGAUGCUUACGAUUGUUUACUGCCUCUCCACUUUUACGUUUGAUCGCGAGAAAUUUGCUAUUAAUCUUCAAGUGUUUCCAGCUGGAUGGUUUGAGCAAAGUGCCAGCGUUGUAGCUGACCCCGUUCAGACCGCAGUGAUCUACAAAAGUCUCAAAUCAUUACGAAUCACGUCUACUUUGGAUUUCUUUUCUCGCAUGGGUAUUAAUGGAACUCUCUGCUUCAGACUUCGACAUGUAGUAGAGCUCAUCCAUAACUCCAAGAAACAGCAGAGCAGCGUGUACCCGAAACGCAGUCGCGUUGGUGCUGCUGGUCUCUUGGUUUUUACAGCGUUUCUGAUAGUUUUCGUUGAAGAGAGCAUGCGGACGUCUUCGUUGGCAUGUAAGCCACACCCUGAGUGUGUAGUGAAUGCACGGCGGUGGAUAAUUGUGGGAAAUGGAUCACUGACACAAUGUCCAUGCCUCACAAUGAUCGACCGCGAGAUCACUCCAAAGACGUACGCCGAGUGGGAGACACCGACGAAUGUGACGGAGAAGUUGGCUAAUCUAGCUGCAACGGGAGAUCUCCAGACUAUUCAGAUUACGAAUCGCUACCUUGCCGAACUUCCAGGGCUACUACGACGCUGUAAAAAUCUUAAACGCUUAUCACUCGAGUACACGCAUACACAAGAGCUACCUGAGUGGAUUAAGGAGUUCACCGAGCUAGAAUAUUUACAUUUGGAAAGCAAGUUUACCAGCCCAAUGACAGUUCUACCUGAUGAUAUGUUCGAUGACAUGACGUCCCUUACGUUCAUGCACCUUGCAGCGUUCAUGACAAUGACUAAGCUGCCGUCGUUUGGAGGACUCAAGAACCUCCGAUCACUCACAUUAGCGUGUUUCCUGUCUAUGGUCGAGUUGCCAACAUUUGACAGUCUCCAAAAUCUAGAGCGGUUAGUACUGGCAUCCAUGCCAGCGAUGGACAGUCUUCCGGACCUUUCGGCUGUUACUGAUCUCAAGUCGUUCGCAGUGUCGGAUCGAGGUGCUUGGUGCUGCAAUGGAUUUAUUGGUACUUGUGAUCUGGAUGAUCGUAAAUGUGGAGUAGUGCACCCAGUAUGGGGGAAUCCCGCUGUGAGCUGCUUAGGGUCUGAUCGGAAUGAGAAAAUAGCCACCGCUACAACACUUCAACUGGCCGGCAAGUUCUCGUCCACCAUAUGUGGACCUGUACUCGAAGCUGGAGUCCUUGAGGGCCCACCGACUGAGAAUCUUAUGGCUCCAUGCAACGGGACAAUGUAUCGACAAUGUCCAAGAGCUGACAAUGUCGAAUCCAUGUGCUACAACGCUCGGUUCAUGGGGAUUGCAUGUACUACAAACCCGUACCCGAUUGAAAUGCGACGUCGUCAAAUUGCCCAAGGAAUUGGAGACUCAUGUAAUCCUCAAAUUGAGGCGUGGCUAGGCUGCAAGUAG